AUGCAGUUCUCCAAGCUCGCCCUUUUCGCCUUCGUCUCCGCCGUUCUCGGCCAGCAGAACGUCCUCUCCGUCCAGGACUAUGCCGACUUCCAGAUCUCCGACGGUGUCGCCGGAAAUGCCCUCGCCGAGGUCGCUGCCAAGUUCCCUGUAGAAGAGUUCCGCGCCAACCUCGCCGGUGUCUCCGCCGACGACCUUGCCAUUCUCAAGGCCGCCCGCCAGACUGCCGAGAACGCCGAGACCGACGCCGGCGGCUUCAACGAGGCCAUCGAGGCUGCUGGCGGCAAGAACACCGAAGAGGGAGCUCGCCUUCAGGUCGGCAAGAUCAAGAACAAGGUCCUCAAGCUCGAGCUCUUCUCUCUCCUUCUCGAGAUCGAGCAGGCCCAGGGCCAGGACAGGACCGAGGACAUUGCCGAUAAGCAAAAGAAGCUCGCCAACAACAUCAAGAUCGACGAGGAUGCCGCCGGCGACGCCAGCCAGAGCGUCGACUUCCAGGGUGACUCUGCUCCUUGA